AUUUUAUCUCUACGUGUGCCUAAACCAUUGAUAACGCAUCAUAGAUUAGAUAUCUUUUUUAACGCUCCACCGUCGAUAAUUUGCUUUUCGGUUCUCCGUGAUGAAUCGUUUCAAAAAUUAAAUCCUAUCUUAAUAAACGUUAAGUGCAAUUACUUUGAGAUGAUUUUUAAUGUUAAUACCUCUUUAUCCAUUUGAAUUUUAAGUACUAGUCUUAGGAGCAUACCUUUUUUGAAUUUUGCUCUACCUAAUUUAGAAAAGAAUCGAACCCAUUAAAUGAAGAAUCGAUUAAGAAAGAAAAUCGUUUGUGAAAUACAUCCUAUUACUUAGAUCAAACUAAUUUUCCCCAUUGUCAACAGCUAUUUAAGCCUUUAACGAUUGUGCCAGACCAUUAAGAUAAACUAAUAGGUAUUGAUUAACAUGCCCACCAGAAAUAAAAAACUUAAUCCUUAUUAUUAUUAUAACUUAAAAUUUAAUUUAAAAUAAAUUAUAGCUCCUCCUCUUUAAUCAGUCGAACCAAUCGUACAGAAUUACGACCUAUGCCUGUAAAGUCACGAGUCUUAGUUUCUCUGAAGCCAUCGCGCAGGCCAGAUACCUAUAUAGGUAUAAUCUUUUGCGUGUCGUCUGUUCGCUUAUUCUCGUCAACGUAGGCACAUAUACCCAUAGCGACCGAAACGGAACCUUACUUUUUUGCAAGAAAAUUUGAGUGAACCAUCUACAAUAGCUAUUGUAGCAUGGUGGCCAUCCAGGAGGUGCCUGACGGCCAAGAAUCGCCCGAUUCCGGAGCCGUAGCUGUCCAAAAUGACAAUGCCGAAGCAGCAAAUAACCAACCAGAAGAAGAGCAAAGACCAAACCAAGGCUCCAGGGCUCAGUCUUUCUUUUCUACAACUCAAAUGCUUAUUAGUCGAGCUGUGAUCAUCUAUUUCAUCAGUUCCUUUUUUAGAAAAAGUGCUCCUACUACUCAAGGUCCUGUAGAAGUUGGUGCAGCCAAUAUUUUCCCAAAUGGAAGUAUUUUUGACUUACAUGUAUAUUUGUCAGAGUCAGAAUAUUUCAAAGAAUUCAAUGACCCCAGAGCUAAGGUAUGGUCUGAAUAUGGACUGACUUAUGGAGAUUGGUAUAGUGGCCCUGAUAAGGAUGGAAGUAGGGUAUUCUUGCACAAGUUUAAACCCUCACCCAAAUUACUCAACAAUGGCUCUAUUUAUCUUCAUGCUUAUGUCACUGAAAAUGGAAAAUCACCUGACCCUUCAUCUGAUAAGAAGAUAUUUGCUGGAAAUGCAAUGUCUUACAGUUCCAAAAUGCUCAAUAAAUAUAGAAAGAUUAGGUAUCAAAAGACUCAUAAUUUAUUAACUGGUAAAACUGAGGAUGAUGCAGAACGAGUCAAGAAAGCAGAAAUUAUGCAGCAUGAAAUUGUCUCACAUUGGCAUCCUAAUUUGACCAUUAAUUUAGUUACUGAACAAACCCGUUGGGUUCGAGGACAGGUUCCUGAACCUUUCGAUAUGUUUAUUGAGUUCACACCAAAUGGUAAAUUUUAUAAACCACCCAUUCUAUUGAAUGAUUUUUGGAAUAUGAACAGAGACUAUAUACCAUUAAAUGAGACUAUAGAAGAACUCGAAUUGAGAUUGACAUUCCAACCACUGUCAUUAUUCAAAUGGCAAGUUUAUAAUGCUCAAAAAAUGAAGAAAAAUUCUUGGAUGUCAGCACUGAGAGGCGAAGGAGAUGAAGAAGAUGAUUCUGAUCAAGAUCUUAUCAAAGAAGCUUUGUUAGAAACCAAUAUAUAUUUAAUUGGAGCUACAAUGGUAGUAUCUGUUCUUCAUAGUAUUUUUGAAUUUUUAGCAUUUAAAAAUGAUAUUCAAUUCUGGAAUAAUCGGAAGUCAUUGGAAGGUUUAUCGAUACGGUCUGUUUUCUUUAAUGUUUUUCAAUCCUUGAUUGUGUUACUUUAUGUCUUAGACAAUGAAGCUAACACAAUGGUGCGAAUCAGUUGCUUCAUUGGUUUGGGUAUUGAAGUGUGGAAAAUUAACAAAGUUGUAGAUAUCAAAAGAAAUGGUCGAAAAAUUUUAGGCAUUUUCCCAAGUUUAGAUAUCAAUGUUAAAGGAUCUUAUGUUGAAUCCUCUACCAAAAAUUUUGAUAGACUUGCAUUCAAGUAUCUAUCCUGGGUAUUGUUUCCACUUCUUGGAGGCUAUGCAGUAUAUUCCUUAAUGUAUCAAGAACAUAAAGGAUGGUACUCUUUUGUUUUGAAUAUGUUGUAUGGUUUUCUUCUUACAUUUGGUUUUAUAAUGAUGACGCCUCAACUAUUCAUAAAUUACAAACUCAAGAGUGUGGCUCACUUACCUUGGCGAAUGAUGACUUACAAAUUCCUGAAUACCUUUAUUGAUGAUAUAUUUGCUUUUGUCAUUAAGAUGCCAACUUUAUACAGAUUAGGUUGCUUCAGAGAUGAUAUUAUUUUCUUUGUAUACCUUUAUCAAAAAUGGAUUUAUAAGACUGAUCAUUCGCGAGUUAAUGAGUUCGGAUUUUGCGGUGAACCAGAAGAAGAACAAAAAGCUGUUGAAGAUAAAAAUGAUUCCAAAGAAGAUAAGAAAACGAAGUAAAAAAAUUUACUUUUUAUGUGUUAUUGUGCUUGUUCAAAUGUGUUAAAAAACAUAAAUGAUUUUUUGAAUUAUAAAAUUGUAUAAAUGAUAUGGAUUAAGAUUGAUUCAUUUGUUAGAAAUCCAUGUUACAAGUCUUCUUGUUUCAACGUUUUAAAUUGUACUGACCAUUAUAUACAUAAAUACAUGUUAAAAUAUCACAAAAUUUCACAAAUAAAAAAAUGUGGUAUCUAUAAAUGUAAAAUAAAAGGCACACUAUUCAGGGUUGCGAAAUCAAUGCACUUAGAAAAAUUCUGUACUCAAUCUAUGCAUUCGGUUUCAAUUAUACCUUGCAAUAAAGUGGUUUGAAUCAGCUAGUUCCACUUCGUCCUAAUGAUGUUCAAAAUAUUUUAGCUAUAUCUUUAACGGCAACAUAUAAAAAUAUGUGCAUUUGUGUGAAUAAUGAUAAUAUCUAAGCGUUGUAAGUGGAAUUGACACGUGAUUAGGAAAAAUUCUUGUAUUAAAAAUGGUUGAUAUAAAAUAAGACGACGUGCCGUAAAAUAAGAGUAAUUGUAAAUAUAUAGAAAAAUAUCUGCAAAAAUGGGAUGUAUAUGUUAAGCUUCCAGUUCAUUUGCGUUCGAUUGCAAUGAAUUGUUUGUCGAUAACGCAACAAUUUCCUUUGAAUUCAUUAAAUUUACCAGUUAAAAAUGUCAUCAGCUCUGACAAAAUCACUUUUCAAACUGACUUCUUUUAAAACUACACAAUUUAAAAUUAUUGUACUUAAAGAAUUUUUUUUUCUUUAGAUAAAUAAUUCAAAAUCAUAUCAUUUAUAUAACAAAUUUCUAUGAAAAACACCACUAUUAUAAUUGUAACUAUUUUUUUUUAUCAUAUAUGUGUGAAAAAUUUAUUAAAAACUGCCAAUCUUUCGAAUUAUGUAAGUGAACUUGUCAAGAAUUGUAAUGAUAUUUUAAAAAAUUAGCCAAUUACAAAUCGA